AUGAGUGACGACGGCAUCAGAGAGCCGGUUCCCCGGAGGAACAAGAAGCUAUCGAACCUGCAAACUGGCGACAUGUCCAUUGGUAAAAUGCUGCUGAGGUCAAGAACACCGCGGGUUGGCUCGCCGCGGUUAAAAGUUCCUUCGGAAACAAGAGCUAAAUCCGCCACCCCAUCUUACAAUCUGGCAGAUGAGGUCGAAGCAGAUACUGUGCUGAAGGGAAGGUUGAAACACUACGGGCUAGACUACCCGGAUGAUGCGGAUGAGUUUGAAGCGUGUUGCUACGACAGGGACUCGAAAUGGUUUAGUAGGGAUGUCAAGCCUGAAUUCCAAGUUGAGAAACAUUUACCGUACAACACCGAGACGCACCAAGAACAAGCGAAAUACAUAGUGCAAGUUUUGGUCAAUCUGUAUAUUGCAAUUGCAUCGUUGGAUAUUCAGGGGGUGAUUUCGAUUACUAGCAAAGACUUGGCGGACUUGAAGGAUGACAUUGAUGACCUAGCUCUGAAAACUGAUUUGUUUAGACUUGGGGAUGAACAGGUUCAUCCUGAUAACGACGGGGGCUUCCCAGAGUUUAACGAAGACGAGUUGUACAAUGAGGACAACUUUAUCAGCAAUGCCGGGCCUGACGUGAACACGACAGGUAAGAUCACAGCAAAAUCAUCCUCUGUGGUCAAUGUAAACCAUUGGAGCAACGAGCUCAGAAACUGCAUGAACUUCCCUUUCCCACUUGGUUUAAGGAAAAGAUUGGCAACAGUCUAUUUUUACCUAUCUCUGGUAGAUGGUCAAAAGAUAGCCCGGGAUCUUUUUGUGCGGAUUUUUGAGCAGUUGGUAAGUCACGAUGACAAGGGGACUAAUUUCACUACUUUGCUGCAAGAAAGUGGUUUGAUUCUUGAUCAUAAAAUUCUCUUCAGUUUCUUUACCAGUUUUUUCCCGUAUCCAGAUUCUGACUAUAAUCGCUAUGAUUUAUCUUGUAAGGAAGAUCUAGAUUUGUUUAGGGUCUUGCUAAAACUAUCUCAUUAUUCCAAGCCUUUUUUCAACGAGAGUGAUGAAACUUUGUUAAAGGAUUGUAUGCGUUGGUUGCUGUCAAGCUUUUCGCCCGCUACAAUGUCCAUCGUGCUCCCACUAAUCACAUCCUUUAUUCCUCAUCAUUACAACAAGGUCUCGAAAGUCACUGACUUCCUUCCAAACUGCUACAGUCUGUGGAGUUCAGUCAGUGCACAUGUUGCUGUUGACUCACAUAUGUACGAAUUUGCGGGGGACGUUGCUGAGGGGGCAUAUUUUAAGAUUUUAAAAGAGGGACCAACCCAUCUCAGUGACUGUGGCGUGGACUUUGGAGAGUUCGGAAUUUUCACCGAUAGUCAGAUGACGUUCAUGUUCAACCGAUUACAGGGACAGUUAAGAGCAAAUGGUCAAAUCCAUUCAUACGGGAGAGUUGUCAAACCGUUUGUUUAUAGCAUAAACGGGUCCAAUUUUGAACGGUUUUUUGUGGAGUUCGAAAAACUGACUAAAGCCAUUAACACGUACGUUCAUCCCUCCAAUUCUGGAUCCUGGACUAAGCCAAUAGCCAAAUUUGUUCAUUCUUUUGUAAAAGCUUACCAUAGCAGAGUGCAGGUCGAGAGUAGCAAAGCUCAUAAAGUGAAUUUUGCUGGCUACUGCUUGAACCCAGACUGCCAUGACAAGGUCAUAAGGUUGUUGACUGACAUUAUUUUCACAGGCACACAAAACAAAAGUUCAGAGGUAACGAAUUUUUACAUUUCUAGUAUUGCGUAUCUGCUAGACAUACCAUCCACCACUUCAAACCUCAUUUAUGACAGAAUUUUGGAGGACAUAUACGAUUUUCUGUCCGACGAAUACGUUAAUUCCAAGCACAAGGCGAUCUCUUCUUUGAAAGAGUUUACCAGAGUUGCAAGGUUUUUUGUUAUGCACAAGCUAUACAGGGUUCACGCGACGAAUCUGUUGUCCAUGCUUGUUGCUAGAAUCGACACAAAUGAUCUGAUUCUGUCAAGUCAUAUUUUAAACGCGGUUGUUUCGAUAUGUUCUUUUAUUCCGUUGCAGAAUUUGUUGGCCGAGGACCAGCCAUUAACAUUUGAGUCUCAUACUAUCCCAUUUGUUCAGCAGCAUUUUUUCCACCUCAAGGAGCACUCUGAUGAACAGUUUGUUUAUGAUGAAGAUAUCCUUUCCCAAGCUUUUGCAGCAUCUACCUCCGUAAUCAGUAACAUCCUAAAGCUGUACGUUGACAAGUUAUUUGCUUUGGUGGACGUUGAACUGGACGAAGGCUUUGAAUUUAAAUUAAAUCAAACGACCAUGGUUAUGAUAGAGUCGAUGAACGAUGAUAUGUUCAGUUAUUUUGCCGAAGUCUUUCAAAGAAUGUUUUGGGAAAAUGAUGCAUUUCAAGUGAAGGACCCAAAUUACGAAAUUGCGACAAUUGUGCUUGCUGCACUAGUGAGACAUGAUCCAUCCUUGAACAAGAACAUCGCUGACCUCUUGAUAUAUGGCAUCGAGCAAGAGGUUGAAAAAGGUGCAGGAUCUAUAAGGAACUAUUCAGAAAUUAGCCAACGGGAUGUCAAAUUAGUGCUUUACUUGACUGCUUUGAAUGAUGUUUUGAGACAGUCGCAUCAUGCUAUACUGGAGAUUGGCUCUAAAUUGAAGGACUGUAUCAAAUAUUGUCUUGAAAAUAUUUCGAACCCACCACUGGAUAUAUUGGUGUCUAUUCUGGUUCAUGGCAGUAUUGCCAGUUUGUCAAGCACUGAAAUUACUAGAUGUGGAUUAUUUUCCGACUCUUGUAAUGUACCCAAAAAUGAACGUUGGGGUGGACUGCAAGAUGACGAUAGGAAGUUUCAGCCCGAAAACCUAAAUUUUGAUUGGCACGUUCCCACUCAGCCCGAGAUUACUUUUGCUGCAAACUUUUUUGACUCGAUCACUGACUUCUGUAUCGAAAAGCUGGAAAAGUUGAUGACUACAGUCCAUUCAAACACGAGAUAUGUGGAUGAUCUCCAGAAAUAUAUCCUAGUUUUCACUCAUGCGAUUUCUGGUGCAAGUUUGCUUUUCGACCCAGACUUUAACAGGAACAAAGGCGAAAGGGCAGACAGGUCGUCGUAUAGGGAAAAACUGAUGCUGUUGAAGCACAUCAGGGAGAAAAACUGCGAUAAUGAAGAACUGAACGUCGAUAUCGAACAGAUAUGUUUGGAUAAAGAUGAGUCCAGUUUUUACGAUGAAUUUCAAAAUGAUGAUGCGCGUGACGAUUCCGAUGCUGUUGUGGUUUCAGAUGAUAGAUCUUAUCGCUUUUUGGCAGACGAUUCUAUUUCUGAAGUACCAUCGGCUCUCGGCACGCCAGUUUCUGGACAUCGUCCUGGAGACUCACUCAUUAAUUCCAGUUUGGUGUUUAGAGAUUUGGACAUUUACAGUUGCAACUAUUUCUUCGGUUUGACACCUGAAGAGAAGGUUUCACACCCAGAAUAUUUCCAAGUUCACAAAACCAGAAGUAAGAUAGGUUUAUUUUUGCAUAAGCUCUUCAAUUUUUUCUCAAAAAACUUUGAGAACAACACAAAUCUGUGCCAAGUAUUACUGCAUAGUAUCAAAGUCUGGUUUACGAAUGUGGGUCAGGACACCCUCUUCAACGAUGAUCCGUGUGCCUUCUUGGAUAUCGACUUUGUUGAGAAUAUCCAGACACUAGCUAACCGCAAUUCGUAUUUCACAAGAACGUAUAUGGCGGUUAAAGCGAACGCUUUUCAUCAGGAUCGGGUCUUGUUACAUUCAACGAACCGGUUUCCAUCCAGAUUGGAAAUACAAUUGCUAAAAGAUGUUAUUGACCUUGCAACAUCUGUUUACCCCGGUAUAAAUCAGCUGGCUCAGGGUACGUUAGCGCACUGCAUGAAGCAGCUGAUCGGUUCUUAUUCUGUGAUAAUAAGGAAUUUGAUGAACAACAUACGGAAGACUCUUGAAUCGAAAAACAAUGCUAAGUUGGAGGCCAUUUUAAGGGUUCUCAUGGUGAACAAGAUUCGCAAAAAGUUACUCAAUGACUACAAAAAUGUGGAAGAACUUUUCUUUUUAUUGGUAGACUGUAGCCAUGUUCAGGAACUGAAGGUAGCAAUGCGCUCCUGUAAUAUCAUGAGCAAUUUAAUUUCAAAUUUGGAGAUUCCAUCGAGCGUUUGCAUCGUUGAUGAUAGGAUAUGGGCACCAUUAUACCCACCAGAUAAAUCUGUAAAGCUCCAAGUAAACGCCGUCAAGAUAGCGAAAGACAAAAAAAGGACUGCAUAUCUCCAGACGUUGACGAGUUUCCAAAAUAGACUUUUGAGUCUGUUAGAUGAGGACAGAGAGCUGAAUUGGAAAGUACAGGCAUCUGUUAUUAGAUUGGUUUCUAAAAUUGAAUCAAACUUGGAAACUGUGACCAAUAAAAGUGUCAUUGAGGUACUAUUCUCGCAAUCACGGACGCACCAUCCCCACAUUGUGCAUUUGGUUUUAAAAUCAAUGCUUUCGAUUUUCAACAAGUUUCUGUCAUUAUCCGAUUAUCGGUACGAUGUUGCUAACGCAUAUAGAAGAUCGUUUGAUCCAUACUUUAUUGAGGUGCUCGAUACGUCGUCUGAUAAGUCCACUGUGGAAUUCAAAAGAGAAAUGCACAAUUACGAUUCGCCAUCCUAUUAUAUUGAUGCUAAGGCAUAUGCUGGGUGGAUGUGUUGGGGUGCUCCUUUGAAGGUAAUAAAACCAUGCAAGUACGUUUUGAACUUGAAGCCUGCAGAACUUGACGUGUUUUUGAAAACGAAGGAGCUUCUGACAAAGCAAUGGGUCGGUUCCAUAACAAGCACGCUGAUCAAAGACAAUGAAACACAUGGUUCUUUCAGCAGUGGGGAAGUUUCGUUCUUUAUUCUUUUGAUAGUGGUUUCCUGUGAGUUUGGCGAAGGGCCCUUGAAGCUAAAAGAUCUCUUCGAACUUUGCACUCAGUACUAUGACAGAACAGAUAAGGCUUCCAUGAUUAUCUCGGUAGAGCUUGUUGCCGCUUUUGUUUGUGGCAAGAAGUACUUGGAUAGUGCAGCUUGUGAAAGUAUUGAUAACUAUUUGGAUGGAUUCUUUGCCGAUUGUUUAGGCCACGACCUGAACCGGGAUUCGUUGGAGGUUUGGGGCACAGUUUGCUGGUGGAUUCCCUCUGUUAUCGAUAUCAGAAGGUGUAAGCCGUUCUGCGAGCAUUUUGUUAAUAUUACAAAUUUGUUGACUCCCAGUUUUGACGAGGUGGCAAGACAGUCUGCAAGACUUGUCAUGUUGAAGAACAUUCUAACCACUUUAGAGUUUCGGUCCUUCCACUUGAAAUACAUCUUUGACAAUUUAGUAUUUGACCAUCCGUACGAUCAGAUUCGUGAGAACGUUGCGAGAACGUUCGCAAUCUUGAUUCAAAAUGAUAGUUACCCCUCCUUUGAUAAUUUGGAAUCGCUAUUGGAGGCUAAUAGGUCCAAUCCCAAUGGGUUGGGUUUGGCGUUGAAGAUUCCCACAGAGAGGUGUGAUAGAGAAAUCAAGAGGUUGUUCGAGUCGUUUGCAAACGAGGCAGAGACGAUUAAGGGCCUGUCGACAGCAGAGGUGUUAAAAACGAGAUAUUUCUACCUGUGUUCGACGAUAUUUUACUGGAUUACCGACAUGGCAAAAGGUCCAACUAGAAUACUUCUAGUUCCGUACAUUGCUGAUUAUGUCCUCCCAUUUUUGAUGUCUUUGAUCAACCAGAAGGAUGUGUGCAAGCUAGCAGGGCUCGACCCGACCAAAAUGUUUUUAGAACUGACGAGUCUCCCCGUGAGUGCCAAGGAUGUGGAAUUGAUUGUUGCGUACUUCUGCCAUAAGAACGGAAACGUCCGCUCUUCGUACCAAAUAAGGGUGCAGCUGAUGUGUCUGGAGUAUAUUUUAUCCGCGCAGCUAUUACAAAUGAGCGGGGAAGUCCUGGCCGUCAUUUCCGAUUAUGUCAAGUUACAACUGUUCAACCCAGAUUUUGUUGAAGUAAGACUCGGCGCCGCCAAAGUGUUAUCCGAGAUUAUACAUCACAGCAUGAAGUCGACGGACCCCGCGUUGAAGUUGUUGCUGAAAAAGUUCAAUGCUGGGUUACCUCGCUCCUCUUGGGAGGAGAAGCAAGCCUUGUCCAAGACAAGUGUUGAGGUCCAUGCCAACGUUUUGGGGAUUGGUGCCAUCGUUUCCGCGUUCCCGUACGUAUUCCCGCUGCCCAGCUGGAUCCCGGAGGAGCUCAGCAGGCUGUCGUUUUGGGCAAGAACCACUGGUAUGGUCGGCACCGCGGCAAAGGACAUCAUCAGCGAGUUCAAGAAGGUUAGGGCGGAUACCUGGGCUUUUGACAGGACCGUGUUCAACAGCGAGGAACUGGAGGACCUGGAAGGUGUGAUCUGGAGAAGUUACUACGCCUAG